AGGGUUACUGUGACUCGAGUCGGACCAACGAGUUCGGCCCCCAGUGUGAGUACACGUGCCACUGCAUAUACCAGUUGAAGAGUCGAUGCGGAGAGGACGGUACAUGUAAACACAACCAAUGUCAGGACGGAUAUUUCGGAACAAGAUGUCAAUACCGGAACAUCGCCGCAGGUCUCACCAACCUCAGGUUUAUAGAUUACAAUGUGGAUACAUGCAACCUGAACAGGAUAUCUGAAGCGUCUGUCUACGCUGAAACGACCCCUUUCAACUUCACUUGGCUCAGAGUGUCAGGAGAAUGGGGUAACAUUUGGGCUGGUUAUUUCCAAACGCCCAGUUACUUACUUUUUACUUUUUCAUCCUCUAUUGCCGUUAAGCGUCGAGGGAAGAUGCAGUUUUUAAAAAUGGUAGACCAGUUUCGCAGCUCUUUCAUCUGUGAUAUUAUUUUGUUUUCUCAGAGUUUCCUUGACACCUUUAAUCCACCUGUUGCUUGGCCUUCCUUUUCCUUUGUAGCCUGAGUGCUUGGUGCUGUAGUCUCUCGAGGCUGGCUGGCUAGGUGACAUACGUAACAGGUGGCCAAACCAUUUUAUUCUCUGUCUUUCUAUGAAAUGUAGACAUGACUCAGUACCGAUAGCAACUCUUUUUUAAAGUAUGAGUCUUACGGCUCUUGCAACACAAUAAGGUCAUAUAAGUGCCGAAAAUUAGAGGCGUUACAAGACAGUAACAAACACAAAAAAGAAGGAGGAGAGAUAAGGACGAUAGAUGUUUGAUAGGAAAGAAGAAGCAAACUGUGAUGCCUCAUAAUAAGUUAGAUACACACGGAUAGUCUAGCACAACAAUCGUACACUGAAAACAGCAACCGACCAUGUUGGAUGUUUAUGACACUACUGAAUCAUAACUUUAAUUGCUCAUCCUGAAGAGUACCAAAUUGAUACAUUCAAACAAGGAGACGUAACUACGGCAAUUAACAAUAGUGAACCAAACACAGUUAUUGCUCAUUUAACUAAUAUUACAGGGAUAUAUUACACAAACCACACCAGAACACCCACCAACCACCCACUAUAGCAACUCUUACUUCUUCAUUGUACGCCCAGUCCAAACAAUAAUGUGAGAGUCAUUAUAAUAUACGUCACCUUGGUGGCUUGAAGUGUGAUGUUUCUGUGGCAUUGUCGUUACUGAUUCUUCUUGAUAUAAAAUAAUAUCAUUGUUGGUAUCGUUA